AACAGUUCAAUGCAUUGCUGCUCCUCGGAGCGCAUUCUCUGCAGCGCUUAGACGGUCACAAGACUUGGACAUCAGCGGCAAAAACACCGACAUGCUGACAGGUCAGCGAGAAGCUUACAGGCCCACAGAUUCUCCUGUCUGCAUCCAACAUCCAACAAGUUGCUGUGUUUGGAAAAGUACUUAGUUGCGCCGCUGCGCUGCCAGUCAUUGUCUUUUUUUUUUUUUUUCCCUCUAUAUACAUAUAUAUAUAUUUGGGGUUGGGGGUUUAAAGUGUUAUUGUUUUUGUUUGUUUGUUUGUUUUGUUUUGUUUUGUUUUGUUUUAAUUGGCUAAUUAAACUCCAUUUGGAAAAGGUUAUUUUAUGUGACGCUGGAGAGUGUUUUUGUCUGUAAAACAACUCAUCAUGUUUUGGUUUGUAAAGUGGGGGCGCAUGCCAAACUGAGCGAAUGCCACUGGAAGAAAUUGCGCCAAAGAUGUCAACAUUGCUUUACCACCCACUCGAAAUCGAUUGUAUUACCUUCAAGAAGGUGGCUCCUUGUAUAAAUAGGGACGCAUUAUUUCAAGAAAGACGGUGGUGAGCACAGUCCGCUGGCUGUUCUCUCUCCUCUCGGGACCACAGACAACGCCUGGAACAAUUGGGACAAGGCAACCGUUGUCCACUCCACCGGACACAAGCAUCUUUAUCCUCUAAACAAACAGUGAAGUCAUGCAGGUGGAGAGGAAAUGGCACAUAUUGUUGACACUCUUCUUUCUGCUAAUCACCUCGGGCCAGUGCAUGGACAACAAGGAGAUCAAGCAGAAAGAGACAAGGACCCUUUUGGAUCUAAUCUUGCAGGUUAUAAGAGACAGCCAGCAACGAGACAAAGCUGUCUCCAGACGCUGUAACAGUGGACUCUUCACUGCAGCCCAAGACAUGAAGUUCUCUUCCCGUGAAAAGCCUUUCUAUGUUCCUAGGCUGGAUAACAGUAGACUCAUAGAAAUUGUUCCUAGAGAUGUAAACAUGAAAGGCAAAUUCAUUCAACAUUUCACAGGACCAGUCAAGUUCUCGUCAGAGUGCAGAACACACUUUCACAGACUGUAUCACAACACAAGGGACUGCUCCAGACCAGCAUAUUACAAAAGAUGUGCAAGAUUGCUAACACGAUUAGCCAUGAGUCCACUCUGCAUGCAGUCAUAGAUAUUGCAUGUACCAAAAUAAUGGAAGAGGGAUCAAUGUGUUGCCAAGGAAGUGCCUUCAAAUCCACAGCAGUUAUAUGAACAUUGUUGUGUUUCUAGUGUUUCUAUUUUGUUGUGCUUCUUGUCAUUACUGAAAAUGCUGAUGGACAUUGUUGGUCAUUUCUGAAUGGAUUUUGAUUUUUUAUUUUUAUUUACCUGUAUGUACCAUAUAUUUUUGAGAAACAUUAAUUUAAUAUUAAAUCCACCUAUUUAUUGAAAGGGUAUGUAUAUAAUAUUUCACAGUCAUUUAAAAUCAAUUAUUUUGGUUAUAAAAGUUAUAUCUAAUGGAGAGGAAUAUUUUCUUUUUUUCAGUCCCUCUUUAUGUACCCCUCCUCCACUACUAUGUUAAUAUUAUAUUAAACUGUCCUGCCUUCGGUGUGGAAGAUGUCACACUCCAUCAUUGUCUUCAUUACAUUUUAUUUGGCACUUGAGUGAUUCCUGAAAAUGAGAACAUAUGGAAUGAAAACGGUGGUGAAAACCUACCGCAGUAUUGAAAUAAUAAAGAAUAUUGAAGCACA